AUGGCUUUAAAAGGAGUAAAGGGAGGCGGGGGGGGGGGAAAGGAAGGAGAAUUAGAAUUGCCUGCAGGAGCCGGAGCUCGCAGCACAGCCCAGUAAAACACGGGCGAGGAGCGGGGAUCUCCGGGCAUGGCAGGGGGACCCGCGGAUCUGAGCUCGCUUAAGCCACGACCAGGCUCUGCUAUGUUGGCCAAGGCGGUGCUUUCCCUUGGGCUGUGGCUGCGGCUUGCUGCGGGACAGGACACACCUGAGUCAGGUCCCCAGCCAUCGAUCUCCAACACAGAGGGAGACCUCCUCUUCCUGCUGGACAGCUCUGCCAGCGUCUCCCGCUAUGAGUUCUCCAGGGUCAAGGAAUUCAUGUGGGACCUUUUGCACCCUUUCACCUUUGGCCCUAGGGACAUCCAGACCAGCAUCAUCCACAUCAGCACCACACCCACCAUGGAGUUCCCGUUUGACCAGUACCUGACCAGUGGCACCCUGAGAAAAGCCAUCAAUGGCACGCGGCAGCUCAUGGGUGACACCAACACGGGCAAAGCGUUGUCCUACGCCAAGGAAAAAUUCUUCAGUGGGGAGGCUGGGGCCCGGCCAGACGUGCCCAAGGUGCUGGUGUGGGUGACAGAUGGCUUCUCCACCGAUGACAUCUCAGAGCCCAUGCAGCUGCUGAAGGACAUGGGGGUGACCGUGUUCAUCGUCAGCACCGGCCGCAGCAACUUCCUGCAGCUCUCAGCUGCUGCCAGCCAGCCCUCGGACAAACACCUGCACUUUGUGGACGUGGAUGACCUCCCCAUCAUCACCAAGGAGCUCAGGGAUGGCAUCCUAGAUGUCCUCCAAGCCAGCCGGCUCCAUGCCACAGAUGUCACCUCCAGCAGCUUCCGCCUGCUGUGGCCCAAGCUCCUGUCCCAGGAAACUGGCUACUACAGCCUGGAAUAUGGCCCAAGGGCUGAUCCAGCAAGGAAGAGGACACAGCAGGUGUCUGGGGCUCACACCAGCCUCGUGCUCAGAGAUCUUGCACCAGAAACCACUUACGAGGUGUCUCUGAUUCCUGAAUCCAAUGUGCACUACUUCCCCCCCCAGACCACAAGGGUCACCACACUGGCAGAGGAAAUCAGCCCAGUUCAGGUUCUCAUCUCGGAGCCUGGGCCUCGCAGCUUCCACGUGAGCUGGGCUCCUGUGCUGGACAGCGUGGCCAGCUACCAAGUGCUGUAUGGGCCACUCCCAGGCAACUCAGUGAAGGUGCUGGAGGUGGAUGGGAGGCACAACAGCACCGUGGUGGAGCACCUGGCACCCAACACCACCUACCUGGUGACAGUGACUGCCAUCUAUAGAUCUGGCAAGGAGAGAUCCCUGUCGGCCAAGGCUUGCACCCAGGAAGAGGGCUCCAAGGUGAGUCACCUCCGUUUCGAGGACAUGGGUCCCAACAUCCUGCGAGCCUCGUGGGACGCUGCAGCCGGGCCGGUGCUGGGUUACCGGGUGCGCUGCCGGCGCCAGAGCGGCCGCUCCUCGGUGCUCAGCGUGUCCCCGCAGGUGCACAGCGUCCUGCUCAGCGACCUGCCCUCGGGCACCUCGGGCAAGGUGUGUGUCCAGCCCGUGUACAGGAACCGGCCCGGCCAGAGGCUCUGCCGCACCGUGCACAGGCAGCCAGCUACAGAAGCCCAAGGAUACAGGCACAGAGAGCGUGACAGACCAGAGGUGCUCAGAGAAAGAUUCCACGUGGCCAAAUCCAUUCCUGCUGCCAAUAGCCAUGGAACCUGGAGUGAGCCGAUUCCCAGGGAAAACUGGGAUAAUUCCAAGGCCGUGCCGUUUUCCAGGGAAAUCCGGGAUAACUCCAAGGCCGUGCCCGCCUCGCGGCCCUUAGCAACGCCCCGCACUCCCUCCCGCUCCUCCCUCCUUCCUCAACCAAUCAAAUCCCACAAGCGGCGCAUCUCCGCCAAUCAGAGCGUGGCGCAGCGCCCCAGCGGACCAAUGGGAGGCCGGCCUGUCGUCGGCGCAUGCGCGCGGGUCGCCGCGCGUCCCCCGCGUGGAGCCGCCGCCGCCGCCCUCAUGUCGUGGCUGUUCGGGCUGAACCGCGGGGCCGCGCCGGGCGGCGGCGGGGACGCGGCAACCCCGGGCACCGGCACAGGCAGUGCGGCUGGCCUCUCUCUGCCGCCCGCCCCGGGUAGCGGCGGCUCCGGGGACCGUCAGACGCCCAAGGACAAAUGGAGCAACUUCGACCCCACGGGCCUGGAGCGCGCGGCCAAGGCGGCGCGGGAGCUGGACGCGUCCCGUGCGUGA